GUAUCAUCGUAACUCCAAGAGGAUAACAAUGAAAUCAAUUAUUUUUCUGGCGGUCCUUGCAGUUGUCUCAGGCAGACACCUAAAAAUUGAUGAGCUGGAAUAUGGAUACUGCGAGGGCGCUCAUGAACCUUUGACAUUCGAUGAUAUCUCGAUUGCACCUUUCCCAAUUGUUGUCGCUGAUGGAGCUGAAAUAACUAUUCAUAUUCUUGUCACUCUUCUAGAAGAUGUUCCUGUCGGAGCUAAGGUUAAGCUUGAGAUUGUGAAGGAAGGAAUAAUCAACCUUCCUAUUCCUUGUAUUGCUAUUGAUGGUAUCAAUAUUGGAUCCUGUGAAUAUGACGGACAGAGCCUUCUUGAUUCCUUUGCAGACUUCCUCUGUCCCAACUAUUUCCCCGAGGGUCAGGAAUGUACUCUUCCAGUUCAUCCUGGACAAUAUGGUGGAGAACCACUCACUCUCACUCUUCCUGACAUUCCUGAACUGAUAGUUGACCUUCUGGCUUCUGGAACCUACAGAAUCCGACUCUACGCUCUUCUUGCAGAUGAUACUGAGGAGACCUGUAUCCAGGUCCGAGUUGAGCUGGCAUAAAAUAAAGAUCAUUGGGUUCUUUAAACAAUAAAUUGUUCAAAAUGUUU